AGAAAAGAGGCUAUCAAUUUGUCGUAACCAAACGUCGAUUUCAUCAAAUUCUUUUUCUUAGAAGCCAAUAUGGUGAUUAUCUGAGUGGGUCUACUACUGCUUGAAGAAACACGCCCUGCAAUGGACACGCGACAGUAGAAUCUGAUGGAAACUGGUGAGGGUGCAGGGAACGACAAGGCCACACUUGUGCGACCUGAUAUGAGAAUAUCCAUGUCAUUUUCCAAGUAUAGGAUUUGAACCCUGGCAUACAAGUGCUAUUCACUGGUGCAUGCAAUAGGAUACAAAAUCCUGACGGUCAUUACCUCUCAAUUGCUGUCUGCCCCUCCUUCUCUCGGUGGGUGGGAUGGGUGAUCCAUCUUGAAGACUACGGUGAACUAUAUGAUCAACAAUUCAGAGCAAAGCCAUCAUGUCGCUAUUCCGUUCGGCUGCAGAGAUCUCGUCAUCGUCAGAGUCUAGCUCUGAUGGAGAGAACUCAAGCGUGAUGUUUGCUUCCCGGCGAAAGACGGCGACGGGGGGAAGCCAAACUCCUACUACAUCGACGGCUCCGAGACUGCGACAAGAAGACUUCUCAAAGGAGGCCUCAGUUAAUGAGACACCUGUGGAUUCACGGGAAGUCGUCGAUCCGGAUGCUGGCGGCCACGCGAACCUGAUGACGGCGGCGCUGUUGGAGUUCUACUGUCUCAGCCGGGCAGCGGAUAUUCUCAACGCCCAACCUGGAUCUCAUGGGCAGUUCACGCGCGACUCGCCGGAAGUCCAGUAUCUGGGCAAGAGGAUGUAUGCGUAUAAGUCCAAAUUCCUGUCUUCGCAUGGUCUGGUAGCCGGUGGAAUUGAGACGGAAGAAUUUCAGCCAACAAGGCAGUAUUACCGAGACAAUCUCGACUAUCUGGGGAUGACAGCGCUGGAGGAGCUGAAUAUCGACAUGGCGGCAGAGGACUGGAAGCCACCGGUGGAGGGUAUUGAUAGUUUAGCUCUAGUCUUCAAGCCCUCAGCGAACAGACAGGUGGCCGCUAGCAAGGAUUAUGCAGAGGCAGGGGGACCUACACAACCAAAAGGCAGAAUGUGGAACUUCAAACGGCUGCCAAGCACAGAGAAUGUUCGAACCGUGCAAGAUGCCCAGAUCAACAUGGGAAACCUGCUCAGCCCGGCCCUUCCUCUCUUUGCGAGCUCACCAGUCAGCGUUCCUAUACUAGGCACGCACCCUGUGCACCACGGCAAUCGCAUGUCUCGUUAUGCGGUGGAAUUCUCCGAGAUGAGAAUCCUUGGUCGUGGCUCGUUCGGAGAGGUCUACCACGUGCAGAAUCACAUCGACGGCCAAAGCUAUGCUGUCAAGAAGAUCCCUCUCAGCCGGAAGAGGCUCGAGCAACUGCAGCGUGGCGGUGAGAAUCAACUAGAGACUAUCAUGAAGGAGAUCCGAACCCUUGCUCGCUUAGAGCACACGAAUAUCGUGCGGUACUACGGAGCUUGGAUCGAACAGGCACAUCCGCCGAAUGCAUUUUCUCUCGGCCAACAUGCUCGAUAUCCAUCAACACAACACGAUGAAUCGCAAGAAGAAAUGACCACUGAUGAUCCCUUGGAUGAGCAGAGUUUUGGGAUUGUAUUCGAGCAUUCGGAAAGCUCCGCGCCAGAAGCGACAGCUUCAACUCAUUCAGCCCAUGCCUCGGAAUCCGACGUGAGCUCAUUGAGUCACAAACAGCGGCGCCGAAGCAGCCUUGGAACAAUGGCGUCCUCGUUUCGUUCCAAGAAGAGUUUUCUGAGCCGUAGUCUUGAAGAUGAAGAUGUCGAAUCGAUCCCUCGAGAGUUCAGUAUCCCGACGCAUGGUCCAUUGUCGACCAUCGGAGCGUCUGAUGACGAUAUCUUCACUGACGGGCUCAGUCAAGAUCGAUCGCAGUUGCAGAUCCAACGGAGAUCCCGAAGUGUACUACACACACCUGCUGUUGUCCUUCACAUCCAAAUGUCUCUGCAUCCGAUCUCGUUAAGUUCGUACCUUAACCCACAGCCUGAAAGGGGAAUUCGAGAUGAGAACCGACCUCUACGACGGCAUUGCUUUCAUCUCGUCCCUUCUCUGCGGCUGAUGCUUAAUAUAAUCUCUGGUGUGGAAUAUCUGCAUUCCAUGGGCAUUGUGCAUCGCGAUUUGAAACCCGCCAAUAUCUUCCUCUCGCCUUCUGAGAGGAAGGACUGUUCACCAUGUCCGACCUGUUCAACCGAGAAGGGCGAAGGACCUCAAUAUUGUCACCCUCGGAUUGGAGAUUUCGGUUUGGUGGCGGAUAUCUCCCAUCUGAACGACUGCUCGCCCGGUGGUGGCCCUGAUGCGUCGUCGACACUCAGCACCGGCCUCCAUAUCGACCGUGUGGUUGGGACGGAAUUCUACCGCCCCCCACUUUUAGUCUCAGCAGCAGAUAAUAACGUCGAAAAGAAGGAUCACUGUACCUAUACGAUCGACGAGAAACUGGACGUCUAUGCUCUGGGUGUGAUUCUCUUCGAACUGCUCUAUCGACUGAAUACCAAAAUGGAGCGGCAGAUGGUCUUGUCUGACCUUAGCCGCGCAGCGAAGAACCCAGGGAACAGCAAGGAGCCGGUUCAAUUCCCCCUGGAUUUCACACAGAAGAUUGACCAGGGACACGUCCGAUUCAAAGAUGACUCGUCGAUCAACGAAGCUCUUAUAAAAUGUCUGAGAGGCAUGCUAGACCCAAGUCCAUCUUCGCGAUGGUCCUGUCAGGAUGUCAAGAAGACAUUGGUCGACGUUCUCGGUGCUGCUGAUUCUGUCUAGCCUGCCUUUUCCUUCAUUUGAGUCAGACCAAAGAGUCACUGUUUUGGAAGGUUGUGGAUGGGACAACAAACCUUUGACGGAUCUCUCCUCUCAAUUAACUAAUAGGGUAUAGAAAAUAGAUGGACACUGAUAUAAUUAGGGGUUUACUUUGUUAUAUAUGCUGUGAUCUAGGUGUAUCCACAUAUGAUAUAAAAAAUGUCAAGUUUUAAUAAUAAAGGUGCUAUGCAGUCCUAAUAUACUUAAUCGAAAC